AACCAACAAACAUUCUCUGGUCUUUAUAUUCAGCUGAAGUCGAACAGUCUUUAAGAGCUGGCAGCAGAGCAGUGGUUAUCAACCCCUUUAAAAUAGCAGAAAUAUUACCUUUCUGUAUCUUUCAAAAAAAUAAAAAUAAAAAUAAAAAUUAAAUCAACUUUGGGAGUUUCUCGGAAAGCACAAUGUUGAGAAUUUGCAGCAGAGCUAUGAUAAAGGUGGGGAUGGUGAGGCCCUUUCACUUGGUGAAACCUGUAUCAGCGACCCUAGUUCCUGGCAGAAACCUGUCCCAGCAGAAGGGACUGCCCAGUCAGCCUGUCCCCCCUCUGCAGCAGACCUGUGACCACUACCUUAGCUACCUGGAGCCCAUGUUGGAGGAGGAUGAGUUGAAGCAAACUGAAAAACUGGUGGAAGAGUUUCGGAAAGCAGGAGGAGUCGGAGAAAGACUGCAGAGAAGCCUUGAGAUGAAAGCACGCAACACCGAGAACUGGUUUACAGAGGAUUUUGUGAAGGGUGAAUUUCUCGGCGCGCGGAAGCCUUUGGCAGGUUUUUCAAACCCUGGGGGACUCUUUCCCAAAGCAGACUACAGAGACAAAAAGGGACAAAUAAGGUUUGCUGCCAAAUUCAUAGCAGGUGGAAUGGAAUUAAAGACAAUGAUUGACAAUGAGACACUACCAGAUGAGUACAUGAGAGGGAAGCCGCUGUGUAUGAAGCAGUUCGAGCAGCUGUUUUCAUCCUGUCGUAUCCCUGAUCUGAAGAUGGACACCUUUGAGCAAUACACCAACAAACACAUCACUGUAGUACACAACGGUCAGUUCUUUGUGAUGGAAGCAUACAACAGUGAUGGGAGUCCACUAACAAUUGAUCAGCUCUGUGUUCAGCUGGAGAGGAUCUGCAACUCCUCACUACAGACCGACAUGGAGCCUGUUGGGAUCCUCACCACCCAGCAGCGUGACAGCUGGAGCAAAACCUACAACAGCCUCAUCAAGGAUGAGACCAACAAAGAGUCAGUGUUGGCUAUCCAAAGCAGCAUCUUUACAGUGUGUUUGGAUGGAGCGAUGCCCUCAGUAUCUGAUGACAAGUAUCGUGACAGAGCUUUUCGUCAGAUGCUGCAUGGAGGAGGCAGCCAGUGGAACAGUGGAAACCGCUGGUUUGACAAGGGUCUUCAGUUAAUUAUUGGAGAACACGGGACAUAUGGUGCAAACUUCUCAUGUGCCGCUGCUGAUGGUGUCGUCCACAUGUCCGUGUCUGCCCAUUUAGUAGCAGGCGUAAAAAAGCCAGAGGUGCAGAUGCGGUCCCCAAUGGAGCCUUUACCUGUGCCCCAGAAAUUACACUUCAACCUCACACCUGAGAUCGAGAAGGACAUUGAGGAGGCCAAGCAGCACAUGGACAUACUGGCCCAAAACAUGGAUCUGAGCUUUACGGAAUUUGACCACUUUGGGAAAAACUUCAUAAAGGCCCACAAGAUCCGCCCCAAUGUUUUCAUACAGAUGGCACUAAAGCUGGCCUACUACAGGAUGUACCAGCGGAUCUGUCCAUCACUGGAAUAUGUCUCCCUGCGUGCAUUCAAACUAGGACGUAUAAGUAUGAUGAAUUCAAACUCGCCUGCCUCAGCUGCCUUUGUCAAAGCCUUUGAUGACCCCAAAAUACAGAACCCAGAGAAGGCUGAUUUAUUGGAGAAAGCUAUAAAGGAACAUGCAUGGUACACUGACAUGGCAUUUAAAGGCCAGGACAUUUACUGCCACCUCUACGGUCUACAGAAGCAGGCUUUAAAAGAGAAGAUCCCCAUGCCUGACAUCUUCACAGACACCUCCUAUGAUAAAUUCUUUGACUGCAAACUCGGUUCAAGUUAUAUUUCCAAAAAGUCUGGAUGUUUGCCAUGUUUUGGCCCUGAGGUACCUGAACAAUACGAUGUGCUGUACACUUUUACGGACAAUCAAAUUGAGUUUACGGUAGCCACUUUUAAAUCUCCCAGCACCUGUGAAGAAAAAAAUGCAUCACAACUAGCCCGAGCUGUGGAGAAUGCACUGUUGGACUUGAAGAUUCUGCUGGAAAAUACUUCAACAAGCUAAUCCAGGUUCAAAGCACUAAUAAGCAGCCUACCAUCUACUUGGAGCAGCAUCUUCCUGAAGUCUUGUCAUAACCAUGAUGUUGCCUACGGAUGGGUAUUGUUAAGAUUUUAAUGGUACCACUGCUCUUACCAGUACUGCUUAUCAAUCCGGUACUCUUAAUGUUUUUUUUUUUUUUUUUUUUUUUCAUUUUUCAUUUUUUUUAUUUGUACGUUUGUUUGUUUUUUUAAGAUAUAUUCUAAGAGAAAAACUCAAGACGAAUUAAGAAUGGAAUUAACAUUGCUUUAUUUUCUUACAUGUAUUGUAUAUAAAUCAGCGUUAAUUUAGUUAGCAGAAUCUAUGACAAAGAAUGUUCAUCACUAUCCUUGUUUUCCCUGAGUUAGACAAGACGUUGACAAGCUAAAAAACUAUCUUUGAUAAUAAAGACUAUAAUAAAAUGUAUGUUUUGUUUUAAUUGAAGAGAUGGUUUGGGACUAAAAUUUUAGUUUUGGACUAUCAGACAUUAUGGGACAUUCAUUCAUUAAUUUCCGUAACCGCUUACUGGGCUGGAGCCUAUCACAUAGAGACAGACAGCCAUUCACACUCACAUUCACACCUAUGGCCAAUUUAGAGUCACCAAUUAACCUAUCCCCAACCUGCAUGUCUUUGGAUUGUGGGAGGAAGCCGGAAUACCCGGAGAAAACCCACGCUUACACGGGGGAGAACAUGCAAACUCUGCACAGAAGGGUUCCCUCUUGGGAUCGAACCAGGUCCCCUCUUGCUGUGAGGCCAUAGUGCUGAAACAGAUAAAAUAAUUUAUCUUAAAAUGAUUUAUCUGUCUCAUUUUACAUUAUUAGACAGAUGGAACUAGGUGCUUCCAAUUAUUUUCUAAUGCCUUAUCAGCAGUAUGAGUUCCAUGAUUUGACUCAAGUAAUAGAGUUGUGUAUUUUGUCCAUCACUGGCUAUAAGCGCACUAUAAGUACACAAAAACAGUUCAUUUCACAGAAAUAACUUUUAUAAGGUAAACGUGAUGGCUGUUGUGAUUGUGACUGUUGAUGGGGACAUAGGAUAGGAUGGAAGACAGAUUAAAAAGAUUAAUUUAUUGCUAAUACAAGUUCUUAAUUAAUUUGCUAUACUGACUUACUGACUUAUUUAAUCAUGUCCCUGGACUGUUAAAUGUCUCUCUUGGUAAGAGCCCUAAAUAAAAAUACUGUAAUUUUGAUGCAAGAGGAGGAAAUAAAUAAAUAAAUAAAUAAAAAUAAAAUGUGCCAAAAGCAAUCUGUGAAGAAGGACAGUAUCUGGAGAGGAAAAAUUGCAACCAACAAUGUUAGAACCUACAUGUCUAAAAGAAGAAGAAAAAAAAACAAACUCAAAAUUCAGGAUGGAGGUAACAUGCAAAUGAGAUUAAACUAAAGUGCAUGUCCAAAGCCUUUAGAAUGCAUAACAUAAAGACUCCACCAUGAGUGUUGUUGUCCAUAAUCCAAGAAGGUAAAGACAGAAAACUGCAUCCUGUUCAGCUUCCCAUUGCACAUUGGCAACAGCACACUGAUCCACCGAUCUUUAAGACUGCAUUGCUUUUCAGCACUGUGACAACCUUCCCAGCUGCACAUUGGCUGCAGCAGUUCCUCCAUGAAUUAUGGGUGUUGUAGUUUGAAGAAGAGAAGACAGCGCAAGUUGCAGCCACAAGGACAGGGAAAGCGCAGGCAGCCACGAGAAGGAGUGAUUUGCACGUUGCAGUGCAGCCUCUUGUUCUAACUGUUCAAAACUGUUCUAUAAACUGAUACAGCUGUAACGAAUGUACCAGGUGUCUUUUAUUUUGUUAGCUUUUAUUUUUUAUUAAGUUUAAAGGACAAGUGCACUUACAUUGAUCACUUCCAUGAAAUAUAACGAGAAAUUGGAAAAGAGGAAAAUAAUUUAGAAAACUGUUAAAAUUAAAUUAGGGAACUGAUCACAGAUGUAUUGUUUCUGUGUGUUUUUACAUCUAUUGUUGUGUUAAUCUGCAGCUAUGCUUUUAAUG